AUGCCCUCCACGGAUAUAGUCCUCAAUCGUCGUGUUGGCCAGGGUGCCUUCGGUCUGGUCUACGGUGGUGAGGCCAAACGGCUGGGGCGUUGGGAGGCGGUGGCUGUGAAGGUCAUCACCAACAAGACCACGUACGAGGGCAAGAUGGACUUCCUCUCAGAGGCGAAGUUGAUGCGUGGGCUGGAUCACAAGAAUGUUGUACGCCUCGUCGGCAUUUGCCUACAUCAACAGGAAAACGAUAUCUACCUGGUCAUGGAACUGAUGCUGCUGGGUGAUCUGAAGACCUACUUACUGGCGCGACGUGUUCUGGCUCAGAGGUGUGUGUUUAAGUUCAAUUACUGA